AUGAUUGAUCUUGACCAAAUCAAAUUAGAAUAAAUUAAUGAUUUUAAGGCAAUACAAUUAAUUACUUUUGUAUCAUAGAAUAAUAAAUUUGAACUCAAUAAUGAAGCAGCCUAAUUCUUGAGUUAAUUGAAAGGAAAUAUAGCAUUUGUUGUUGUAUGUGGAAAAUAUAGGACAGGUAAAAGCUUUCUUUUAAAUAAACUUAUUGAUGUUUAGAAUGAUGGAGUAAUCAUAUUUUUUGCUAAUAGAUUCAGUUUUAAGUGAGUCCAUCUACCAAUUCUUGCACUUAAGGUAUCUGGUUAUACACAAAACCUAUUAUUAAUAAACAAAGCAAUCUUUAAAUUUAUUUUUUAGACACAGAAGGUAGUGAAUCAGGAGUGAAAUCACAAACUCAUGAUGCCAAAAUUUUUGCUUUGGCUAUUUUAAUGAGUAGCACUUUUAUGUUCAAUUCUAUAGGGUGUAUUGAUGAGUAAUCAAUUAUUUAACUUCAUCUAACUACAUUACUGUCAAAGAAUAUUCAAGUUUAAGAUCAUGAUAACAGUAAUAAUGAAAAUAUAUUGGGUUAUUAUACACCUAAAUUUAUAUGGUUAUUGAGAGAUUUUGUACUUGAAAUGAAGGAUGGUUAAAAUAGAAAAAUAACUCCUAAAGAGUAUUUAGAAUUAGCCUUGCAUGAUGAUCGUUAAUAUCAAAGUGAAAAUUCAAAAAAGGUUAGGAAGACUCUGUUAACAUGUUUUAAAGAUAGAAAUUGUUUUUAAUUCGUAAGGCCAGUGAUAAAUGAAAAUGAAUUAUAAAGGGUUAAUCAAUUAUCCAAUAACCAAUUAAGGGAAGAAUUUCAAUAAUAAGUAAAGCCGUCAAUACUAGUAUAAGGUAACUCAAUUCAGGGAAUAUUUAUUGAAGAAUACAUCUCCUAAGUAAUUGAAUGGAGUAAAUUUAAAUGGAAGAAUGUUCUGUAAGAUGAUUGACACUUUUAUAUCUAAUUUUAAUAAGGGAAAGGUUCCUAUUAUAUCGACAGCUUGGGAACAUAUUGUAGAAACUGAAUGUUAAUAAGGAUUAGCUUAAGCAAAAUAAUUGUAUGAAACUAAUCUUAAAAAAUAUUUUGGAGCAGAUGAAGCUAAAUCUUUUGAAGAAAUAUUUUAGAUAUUAAAAAAGAUAAGAGAUGAAUCAUUUCAAACAUUUCAUUAUAUAGCAGGUAUUAGAGAAAAGAACAAUCAUUUUGAAGAAUACAAGAAAAAGCUAUUAGAUUUCAUGACUGAAAAAGAAAAUCUAGCAAUAAGAUUGAAUGAUGAUAUGAAUAAUACGUAUUUGAUAAUUAUUAAGAGAUUAGGAAGAAUGAAGAAGUUAUUGCUGAAGUAUCUUAAAAAUUAAAAGAGAAUUUAGAUUAAGAAACAUUUACGAUUGAUAAUUUAGAGGUCUUCUUUUAACAUUUUAAUGAGUAAUCAUAUAAAUUAAUAUUUCUUAGAUUUCUUACUGCUUAUGAUAAAAAAUCAGCAGGAACUGAAAAGGCUAAUACUUUAAUACAUUUUUUAUAGAAUCACCAUCCUAUCAUAGUAAAAUAGUUAGUUAAUUCUAUUGUGUAAAUAUUCAUUUUUUAUAUGUUUAUAGAUAAAAGUAUAGCAAAAAUAAAAAUUAAGCUGAAGAAGAGAAGGCUGUUUAAUAAGUUAAAGAAAAAUAAUUAUUGGAUAAUAUUAAAAUAUUGGAAUAGAAUAUAUAACAACAUGAAACAAAAAUAAAGAAAUUAGAUCAAGAUAAAGUGUAAUUAGAAGCAUAAAAAAAAUAAUUAUCAGAUUAAUUAAGUAAAUUGUAAACUGAAAAUAAAACAAUUAGGUAUUUGAAUUUACAAUUAUUUUAGAGAUAAUAUAAAGGAUGUAGAUGAAUUAUAAAAUGUAAUAUUACAAAAGAAUGAAGAAAUACAAAAUCUUAGAAAAAUGAUUACUGUAAAGAUUUAUUUAUUAAUUAUUAGUCAUUAUAAACUAAAAAGAAAAAAGGUUGUUGUGGAUGA